AAAAAGCACAACUUUAGCAAGCCUAUUUGGCUGGCAGUUGGCACUGAUGACGUCUACUUCCGUCUGCCAUAUUGUCUAAAUAGUGCUGUUUCAUAAAUGCAGAUUUUGAGGUUGGUUGACAAAUAGUUUUCGUACUACACAUAAUCUCAAUACUAGAUAUAAUGUAUGUUCUUACUUAUUUAUGCAAACUCGAGAUUAUGCAGCUAGAAAAGGGACAAGAGAAAAAAGAUUAUUGGCAAAAAAAAAACGAGCUAAAAAAGUAGUAGUUGAACAAGUAGGAUUUGUUCCAUAUAAACAGCAAAAAAAAAAGACAAAAGUAGAAAUUUGUCCACUUAAUAAUAUAGAUGAUAGUUGGAAGUGGAAAGCAGUUGAUGAUGUAUGGAUAGUAAAAUAUCAUCAACAACCAAUCUAUUCUUUUCAAGAAGCUAUAGAAUGCCAUCGUGAAACACAUCAUCCAACUAUGUAUAAUAAACCUAAUGCAAUUGUUAAUGCAUUUAUACAAUUAAAUAUGAGGCGUGAAAAGAAGAAUAGAUUUGUUGAUAAGUUUACAAGAAUAGUUGAUACACCACAUAUAUUUGAAUAUAAUAAUAAAAGGACGGUAUUAGCUUUUAGUCAGAAUUUAGAAGAACAAGAAGAGGCUAGAAAUGCUGGAGCUGACUAUUCUGGUGGUAUUGAAUUAAUAAAAAAAAUUCAAAAUGGAACAUUUCAAUUCAAAGAGUAUGACUUUGUUGUAGCUCAUGCAAAUAUUUUAUCUGAUUUAUUAUUAGUUAGAGGAUUAUUGAAAAAGAAAUUUCCAAACAUGAGAAUAGGUAAUUUGGGUACUGAUAUGAAUAAACUUGUUACAAAAUUCAAAAAUGGAAUUGGAUAUGCUGCAAUACCUCAUAAAACUUUCAAAGAAUAUGGUGAAAUUAAUGUGGCUUUUGGCUCGCUUGAUAUGAAUAUGAAAUAUUUGGAAGAAAAUUUUUGUGCACUAAUAAAUGAUAUUGAAUUAAUGAAACCACAACGUGAUGCAUCAUUCAUUGUAAGAAUUCAAAUUAGAAGUGAACUUUCUGAUGAAUCUUUUACAAUUAAUUAUCAAGAUUACAUUGCAACAAAAACUGAUAAAGAAACAAACGAGGAAGAAACAGAUGAAACAGCAAUUAUUGAUACACAAUAAUUAUUUAAUGUAUAUAAAUAAAAUUAUAUUUAAAAAAUGAA